GGAGAGGGGUAAGGAAAGGGGGAGGAGAGAGAGACACAGCAACCUGUAGUAACCCUUCUCCGGGCCGCAACAGUUAGUGUGUUGCCGACUAGCGAAGGCUUUAGGUGUGCGGCGGUGUUGCUGACCUUGAGUGAGGUGAUCUGAACGAAAAGCGCGGGAAAUUCGAAAAUGGAGUGGACUCAGGACAGGGUCAUCCGGGUACUCUUCUGGGGAGGAUUCAGUCUCGUCCUCACUGAGAUCCUUACCUUUAUUGGUCUCACCUCCUGCUGCUGGCUCUCCUUCCUGAGCCUCUGGGGCCUCUCGGCGGGCGCCUACCUCUACCGCGCCUCCUUGAAGGUGUCGCCGACCGGGAAGGCUGUUGUGAUAACAGGUUGUGACACAGGCUUCGGCAACGCUCUGGCUAUCCGUUUACACCAGCUGGGUUUCCGUGUAUUCGCACUCUGCCUCCGCUCUGAGGGCGCUGGGAUUCAGAAGCUUCGAGACGAACACUCGAAACGGCUUCAUGUGAUUCAGGCCGACGUCACGAAGCAGGACCAACUCGACCGUGCAUUGCAAGAAGUCAAGUCACUGCUGCCCGUUGGAGAGGUACUAUGGGGUCUUGUGAACAACGCCGGGGUGUGCACCAUCGGGCCAGUCGAGUGGAUCAGCAAAGAGCACUUCCGGAAGGACCCGGAGGUCAACCUCUUUGGUGUCAUAGCGGCCACCAAGACCUUCCUGCCCCUGGUGCGUCGUGCGAGAGGUCGUAUCGUGAACGUGGCGAGCGUGGCAGGAAGAUUCUGCGCCCCGCUCUUGGCGGCUUACAACGCAUCAAAAUACGCCGUGGAGGGCUUCAAUGAUGCGCUUAGGCUGGAAAUGCGUCCUUGGGGUGUCAAAGUGUGCCUUAUUGAGCCAGGGAACUUCGGCAGUGGCACGGAACUCUUCGCCCGAGAGGAAGCAUUGAAGGAGGAGGUUGACAAGAUGUGGCUUUCCCUGGACGAGGAAAUAAAGAGUGACUACGGUGAAGCGGGUCGCAAGAGGGUCGAGACCUUCAUGAGGAACAUCAGGAACAAAGGGGCCAGCGACAUCAGUCCAGUGAUAACCGCCUUCACAGAAGCCCUGACUCAGCAACACCCACAGACGCGGUACGACCCCAUGGACCCGCUCAUGUACUUCACGCUCUUCCUGGCCACGCACUUCCCCGACUGGGUGUACGACUCCUAUUUCGCCCUGAUGGUUCGUUUGUCCAAGUGAAGGGAAGAGGAGAGGCAUUCGAGAAAGCUGGGGAGGAGGAAGAGAUGAGGAGUUCCGGGCAUAUGUCUUCUUUUUUUGGAGACUAAUAAAAUGUACAUCUUU